AUGGCCUGUGAUAGCCUUGGACCCAGGCCAUCAGAUGCCAGAAUCGCAAGUGAAGACACUGUGAAGAGCAGACGGAGAAAGAAGGCCCACAGGAAGCUUGCCGCAGGCGGAGACGCAAACGGAAAUGAACGCUUGCCGCGAAACACUGGUAGCGACAGGGAAGGCCAUGAAGCUGCAACAGGGCCGCAAUUGGAAUCGGUGAAGGUGGCGGCGGCCUAUGGGGAGCCCAAGGAGGCAGCGAUCAAUGUGUCGGAACGGGCGAACGGCGCGCAGAAGAAAAACGCGGGUCGGCGGGCGAGGCGAUACGGCAGCAGCAGUGCGUUUGGGGAAAUGGCGCACGAGGAUGUCGGGCACAAGCUGGUGGUGCGGCUUUUGCCGCCAAACCUCACAGAGGACGAGUUCUACCGGACCCUGUGCCCGCACCUGCCGUCUGAGCAAUUUUUCGAAAAGACAACGAGGGAUCGCUACUACGUACCGGGCCACUACUCCCGGAAGCCAUUCAAGCUGCCAACGUACUCGCGGUGCUACCUUAUAUUUUACGAUCUGGCUGCGCUGCAGACAGUGGGCCGGAUUCUGCAGAAUAUGACCUUUGUCGAUGACCAUGAUAAUGCAACGGUACCAAAGCUCUUCCUCUCUCCGUACGUUAAGAAAAUGCGCAACUUGGGGGGACAUAUGCAGAUCCAAGACCAGAAGCUGAAGCUGGAGGGGACGCUCGAUAAGGAUCCUAUUUUCCAGAUUUUCACCAAGUCGCUUCAGCUACUCGAAGAGAACAAGGGUGAGUACCAAUACAAGGACUUGCAUAUCCUAAAUCCGUUAGAAAAAGAGCUAAAAAAACGGCGCGAGGUAGAUGGUAGCAUUAAGAAGCAGGUGCACGAUGCGAUGAUUGAACUUGCGGGGGAAAUAGAGAGUGAGGACAAGAAGAAGAAGCGCAAGAAAAGAAAGGGACAGAAAUCUAAGAGUACUAAGCAUGAAGAGAAGGCUCUCAAGGAAAACCCGAACAAAGCAAUAUUUGAGGAGGCUGGUAAGCGUGAGAUGAAGCGACGCAAGCGCGAAGAGAAAUUGGCCCGGCGGAAAAAAAAGCUAGAGGAGAAGAAGAAAGCUAUGAAGAAAGGAACACAGCGCGAAGGGACCACUGUGAGCAGUUCCAUACCGGCGCCAAGCUCCAGCAAACCUGCUGAGACUCCAUUGUCGAAAGCGCCCGAGGGCCAAAAAAGUGCAACCAAGUCCAAGUCCGCAAAGAACAAGUCUGCGAAAUCUAAACCGAAGCAGAUUUUGAAGAAAAGCGACUGA